AUGAGUUUAGAGUUCAUCAACACAGAAGAUUUUAUAAGUGAAGUGGAAAGUCGUCCCGUUAUUUGGGAUAUGAAAAGCGAUGACUACAGUAACAAAGUCAUGAAAAUGAAAGCGUGGCAAGAAAUUAUUACGAAGUUCGUGCCUGAUUUCGAUGAAAAGAGCAUAGAUGAAAGAAACAAAAUUGGGACAAUCCUUCAAAGGAAAUGGAAGAUCUUAAGGUCCAGUUUUACCAGAGAGUUAUCAAGGCAAAAAACAGAAAAGAGUGGUUCUGCAGCAACUGGUAGGAAGAAGUAUAUCUACUUCGAGCUGCGAUUCCUAACAACUGACUGUAAGAACACUACUUCUAGUAUUGACAAUGAUGAUGAUGAAGACAGAAAUGAGUUUGAUGAAGGAGAAAAUUUAGAGCAGGAGGCACUUGAAAAAACUGCUGAGCGACCGCAAAAAAGGCCACGUGAAAAGAAGAGUUUUGAAGAAGAAGAUAUCCUAUAUAACAUUUUGAAGGAAAAGUACGCCUGA